GACUUCAGUUCGACUCUCGAGAGGAGCGUUUGCCAGUUCACAACUCGCCCCGCGUCCCCGUACGCUCCCUCCUCCCCAACGCGUCGGGGACAAUAUACACGGAUCAGGGUUGUCGCCGCCAGGGUUGUUACCGAGGCCGGAGCAUUUUGACGUGCUGAACCACCUGCCAGAAAACAUGGAAAUAUCCAAGAGCCUGCAAGAGGAGAUCUUCGCUGUGCAACAGAAAUUGCAGAAAGCGAUACUCGAGCAUCAGAUGUGCGUGGAAAAGCUGAAGGAUGACCCAAAUAACUCAGACAUUCUCGGACAGAUAAAAAAGAUUCAGGUGCACAUCGUCUCUCUAGGAAGAUGCCAGAAACAGAUCGUGCAGCGGCUGCGCAAAGAGGUAGACGCGUUCAAGGCAGACAACGCGAACGGAUCGAAAGUUUCUAUACCGUUUCUCCUCGGACUGAACAACAACAAUCACAUUACGAACAAUAAUGAAACGAAGCAUGAAGCGACCGCUAAUGGUUUCGGAACGAAGCCUUCGAAGGAGAAUUAUGAAAAAGUUGUUAGAAAUGGCGAUGUUCAUCAUUCGCACCCACGAGAUAACGAUUGUGCAAAAUUACGUCUCAGCUCGGUGGAAACUGUUUCCGGCGAGGAUGACGUCGUUGAGGUGCCAUUGGACGAAAAUUCUGACAUCAUGCAAGAAAAUGUGCAAAAGGAGGAGAUACAAAUGAAAGAGGUGCAAAUGAAAGACAUGCAAAAGAAGGAGGUACAAAAGGAGAAAGUGCAAAAGAAGGAGGUGCAAAUGAAGGAGGUGCAAAUGAAGGAGAUGCAAAAGAAGGAGAUGCAAAGGAAGGAAAUGCAAAAGAAAGAGAUGCAAAAGGAAGAGAUGCAAAAGAAGGAGGUGCAAAAGAAAGAGAUGCGAAAGAAGGAAGUGCAAAAGGAAUACAUUGAACUCACACAUUCAGCCGAAAAGUGCUACUAUCUGAAUUGCCUCGGGCUUAUUACCAAAUCCAAAUUCAUCGAGCUGCAGAAUAGGAGAGUGGAAAGAAAACGUCGUAGCACAGCGAAUCCGCAUUUCGUAUAUUCUAUGCUCGAGCAACCAUCUAAACGAAAGAGGUAUUCCUAUUUCGCUGAAAAUCCACCUCACACCCGGCAGACGACUGCACGUAUGAAUGGUUCGUCGUCACCACCUAACAAAACUCAGCCAACCAAAUCUACCUCGCCACCGGCACAAACGAAGCCGUUAGUCCCAGUCCAAAAAUCUACUACCAGGCCAAAUAUCCUCAGAAACGCGGAGAGCAAAGUCUUCGUGAAUAAAAGCAAAGUAGAAGACAAUCAAACGCGAUUGUCCGUAUCUAGUGCCAAAUCUGUUCAGUCGGUAGGUAGUAAGGCUGUUCACAUACCCGGAUUACCGUCUAGCUUGACCAUCGAAAGGAUUGGGAGUGACUCCAUCGUGUGCAUCUGUUGUGAAAAUCCAGGUUCAUUAACGACAUGCAAGAAUUGCUCAAGUAACUAUCAUGUUUCGUGUCAUACUCGACCAGCGCCUCCAUCUAGGACCUGUCCAAAAUGUGUUCCAGCAGUAGAGGAGGAAGAAAACAUCGAAAAGAAUGAAGAAGAGGAAGAACAAGUGGAAGGCGAGAACAGAUCUCAUUACAAAAAGGACGAAAAAUUCGGUACAACAGCAAAUGCAUCAGGAUUUAUUGGGCAAGCAAGAGAAGACUCAGAAAUCUAUAAAGCGUCUGGUGGACUUUAUAAAGUUAAUGCAACUCAGAGCAAACACGUCCUCCCCACUGUCUUCGGCGUCAACCAGCUGCCUGCCUCAACCUUCCUCAUCCCAAUUACCACCAACAAUAUCUCCGCCACAAACGUCAACCAAUCAGAAGACAGCAAAUUCUUUGAUACUGAAUACCGAGUACAAGACACCGCACAUCGUAACCAUCACGUCAUCAGUCAUCACUCACGACCAAGCAUCGCCUACGUCCAAGAAGACCAGGUGUCCCACUCCUACCAAUUGCCCAGUACCAUCCAGCCAGAAAAGCAUCAAUCAUACCUCAUCGUCAAGAAAAUCGCCGAGUCGAUUGGAAGGUCCAAUCAGUCUCCUGGCGGUGAAACCGAAGACCAAAAUCACUCCGCAGUUUUCAACUACCAAUUGCCGACCAGUUGCAGCACUACCAUUCAGAGCGCUGUGCUCCAACCCGUCGUCACCCAUUCCAUGUUCUACGAUCGUGACAACAAUAAGAAACAAACCAAUCGUGCAAUCCCACUCCAUGUCACCAUAUCAAAAUUGUCAAAUUCUCUUCACUCCAUCUCAAACGACCAUCAGCUGGACCGAGCAACCCUCAAUGGUAGGAAGCCUUGGGCCAAACUUACACGCGGCAAACUCUGUGUUAAUCAGUCAGCCAGAUCAGCCACAGAAAUCUUACUGUCUUCUUACGGCGACGCCGAGAAUAGUGUCACCGAGCAGCAACGGCCAAGAUCAGCUGGAUCUGCGGAGAAAGCUACAGCAACGGCGAAUCUCUGUCGUGAGAAGUACCGAUCAAGAAAUUUCAUCCACUCACUGUUCCCAGGCCAUAAUAAGUCCCAUACCGUCACCAGUCGUGCAUGUGAGUCACGAAGCCCAAACGACCGAGACUGUCCGCUCCUGCGACAGCAGCUCUGCCGUGAAGAACAUGAACUGGAGCUACACAAGCAACCAGAUAGCAAGCCAGCAGCAGUCCAGCUCCAGCGGCGCGCUCUCACUCGGUUCUUCGAGCACGUGAAAUUGGAAGAAGCGCAUAUAUCAGCGCCAUUUAGAACAAAGCUAGCACACAAGGAUGAGAUCAGUGAUAAUGACGACGACGAAAUUGCCCGAGAGGACAGUCUGCGCGACGAACAGUACGAUAACGAUGGUGCCGUUGUUGAAGCUCCACUAUUGACGUCAUGCGACGUUUUGGAUGAGGAUCGUUUGAUCGUUCCUGUUCCUUGGUUAGCCGCUGACUCAGAAAACGCUUGUGACAUCGUCGCAAAUAAGGUAUCCAUCCGUCGUCUUUCGGACGCAGCCUUGACGCAAUCUAACGAUUAUGCCGGCUACGAGCUCGUUCGUAUUAACCCGCGAUCGUCGGUAACUCUACGACAUUCGGUGGAACGCGAAGACGAUCGACCAACAAUAGCGGCGGCGGCAGCGGCAUUGCGCAUUGCACAAAGUAAUCUUUCAGAGCUUUGUAACGAGGUCUCAGUUCCUGACGAUAAGGCUGACACCGAGAGACAAGACUUACCCAGUGGUAGGCAAUUGAGAAGCAGAAGUAAUAGCAGCAGUAGCAGCAGCAGCAGCAGUAGCAGCAGCAGCAGCAGCAGCAGCAGCAACAACAACAGCAACAGCAAUAGCAACAGUAGUAGCAGUGGUCAUAGCGACACCCCAGAGCAAGCGAUGCAUGUGAAUGAUCUCUCAGACGAUUUUAACAUUCUGGCUAAGAUGGGCUUCGUCAUUUCUCCGGAGGGAAAGGACGAGGAACAAGUCAGCGAUGAAUCGGUGACGGAGAGUGAGACUGACGCCGCCACUGGUUAGACAUAGUUAGGAUAAUUAUAUUGACGUUAAGACUCCUGGUUCUAUGUUGAAUUUUGAGCACGAUUCAACAGUAAGAACCAUGUGAAAUUUUUUCUUGCUUUAUGAAGUAAAUUAAUUCCUUCAUCUAUCGCCACUCAUUUCAAUAAUGUAAAUUGGCACACAAAUAUUCUAAGAAUUUUUUGUUUUAACAUCU